CGCCCGGCUGGGGGACGCCCGCCGGUCCCGCUCAACAAGUUCCCCUCGGCGGGGAGCCGGCCGAGGGGUCCCCCCGCCAGCGAGCCCCCGGCGCAGCCCAUGAGGGCAGCGGGGCAGCGCGGCGGCGGCGGCGCGGCGGCUCGGCGGCAGAUGCGCCCCGGCGCCCCGGCUCUGACGCCCAGCUCGCCCCGGCGGCGGGAGGGAGAUGCUCGCCCAGACCGCCGCUUCUGCGUGAGGAAGCACAAGGCAUCAUGGUGAGUAAGGAGCCCAGCAAAUGCUUACUCACCGCCUCGGACAGCGACGUCGAGCCCGCGGCUUCCCUGGCGCUGGAGAUGAAAUACGCGCUGGAUCCCAACCGGCAGAUCAAGAAACGGAACAAAGCCCUGCAGGUGAGGUUCAAGGACAUCUGCGAGGCCCAGAACGAGCAGAGGGACAAGCAGCUCUCCACCUCCUCCACGCAGGACCCCGACAAGAGGGAGGCCAAGGCCAUCGCCUACAAGACGGCCUAUCGCAAGUACAUGACGGUGCCCGCCCGCAGGUCCAUCCCCAACGUCACCAAGAGCACAGGAGUCCAGACUUCCCCUGAUCUCAAGAAGUGCUACCAGACCUUCCCCCUGGACCGGAAAAAAGGGAAUAUCCUGAAGAGCGCCUCGACCGUGGACACGUUGCCGAGCGAGAACAACGGGUUCCUGCUCGAGGUGAAGGACAGGGAGGGCCGGGGCUCGGGCGAGGCCGCGGCGUGGGGCAGGAAGGCCGGCAGCCUGCAGACGGCCGAGUUCAUCUCCCACAUCUCCGAGCGCGCCGCGCACGACAACGGCGCCGAGGCCUGGAAAAGCAGCGAUUUGCACAGUUCUCCCAAAGAGCCGCCUCUGCCCGGCCUGGCCGAGCCCGGCGACGAGGAGCCGGCGCGGCCGCCCGGCCGGGGCAGAGCGGCGGCGGCGCGGCUGGCGAGCGACGAGGCCGCCCAGCCCCUCCACGGGAGGGUCUUCAAGACCGAAGUGGCCACGGUUUACCUGCCGGCCUCGCAGCCCGACCUGCCCGGCCUGGGCGACUGGGAGCCGUGCCCCGAGGAAGACGACAAGAGGACGGUGCAGCUGAACGGGGUGCAGGCCCCGGGAGGAGAUGCCCGAGCGUGCGCGGCGCGGCCGCAGUGCCCGGCCCCCGAAUGUAGCGACCAGAGCCUGCAGGUCAACGUCGCGCCCAUGCAGGAGAGCCAGCCCUGCCGGACGGCCGUGGCCGUGAGCCAGGAAUGCCAACAAAUCGUGCCUCACACCGAAGUUGUGGACUUGAAAGCGCAGCUUCAGAUGAUGGAGAACCUGAUCAGCUCUAGUCAGGAGACCAUCAAAGUGUUGUUGGGUGUUAUACAGGAGCUAGAGAAAGGAGAAGCUCACAGGGAAGGGCUUUCCUAUCGGACCGGUCAGGACACGGCCAAUUGUGACACGUGCAGGAACAGUGCAUGUAUCAUCUACAGCGUGGAAUUGGACUUUAAACAGCAAGAAGAUAAACUACAGCCAGUUUUGAGAAAACUUCAUCCCAUUGAGGAAACUCAGGUUGCACCUUUGCCUUAUUCUCAGGAGAGCUACUCCUCCACUCCCAAGCAAAAAUCCAAAACUGAAUCAAAAAAGCAUGGAAGAUGGAAACUCUGGUUCCUUUAACCCAAAUGCAUCGCGUGUGGAGUUGAAGGCCUUCUCUGACAGAUACCUGGAGCUCUCUCCAUCAUCUCUGACGGGAUCCUGCUGGAAGGAGGAGCGUCCUGGCAGGGGCCGUGCGCGGCUCUCACCGCGCGUACCAGAAACGCCUUUGCACCGACGGACCCAGGAGCCUGGGGGAGCCCCCGCCCCCUUCCACGUGCAGUUUGCCAAUGUGGGAUGUAAAACCUGAACGGGAAUUUGGACAGAGAUGGGAAGUGAAACUGUUUCUCCCCCGUCCUCGGAUGCGAAAGCGUCGCGCUCCGACCCGCGAACGCGCAGGCCGGCGUCCGGCUCCCACAGGAAUGGUGGAGGCCUUUGGGGGUCUGGGUUGUUGUCUUUGGACAACAACGAGGGGGAAGAAUAACGAGGCAGCCUUAUGUUUGCAGUGGUGUUCAGUUUUACAGCUCCAUGUUGAUCGGGGAGUGCAGUUUUCAGCACAGAAUUCCUGGACAAAGCACAAUUUUUCCGAGAUGUGACUGUGGUGUAUUCUCUGCCUUCAUGCGACGUAGACUCCCACCAAGCUCUCACAUUUCAGCGUCAUUUCUGGUUUAGCUGUGUCCUCACCACCACAAGAACCACUCUGCUGCUCGGCCCCAUGGGGCAGCGGGCAGAAACCUCCCAAAAAUCAGGCCCAGCCUUUAAGCACCUCCAGCUCACAGGGUCCACGGGACAAGCCCUCAGUGUCACCUUGGAAGGGUCUCAGCCACACAGAACAAAACCCGACCCCAAAGCAGACCCAUCCCAGUCCGGGUUGUUGGCCUUUGCCAUGGGUUAGCAUCUUUCUGUAACAGUCUUUGGAAAACCUCUCCAGGAGAUGUCGAGGCUGCAGCACUGCUUGUAAGGAGCUGAAAUUGGAAAUGCUAUUUAUUAAGCUUCUCAGAUGGGUUUCCCAGCUUAUUAUAAUUUAUAUCUCGAUCUAUUAAUUGUACUCAGUAAUUGAAACACUUAGGGGAGAGAUGUGAAUCAGAUUUUUCCGAAUUUGGUCUGGCUUUUUUUGAAAUGGCACUUAAAAUUUUGCUCUGACUUAUAAACUGCAACUUUUCCUUUAAGUAUCUGCUGCUGUCAUUAAACUUGCAUCUAAAAUGACCAUUGGUGGAAAAAUUCCUCGUGCUAGAAGUGGCCAGGGAGCGGGAAUCUUGUAUUUUGUUUUGGUUUGGGAUUUUUUCCCUAAGGAUUUCAAAUAAUUUGAGUGUCAUGUGACAAAUUGGGUUUGAAAUUGCAUCCCCUGUAGCAGCAGGGAGGUAAAAAUUCUUCAGCCUUUAGGUGCAAGGACUGUGAUCAUUAAUUUGCACAUACUACAAAUCUGGGGAAGUGUUUUUCUUUUACACUGUUCCUCCUCUUAGCUCAGCAUCCAAUUUAUUCCUGAGAGGAAACUGGAGGAAAAUAACUUAAUUUUUUUCCCCCCAAAGAGCAAGAAAAGCGAGUUAAAAUGGGAAAAGAAAUGCAGAAGAUGCCUCUGGCCAGCUCAAUACUUGCAGUAAAACUUCCAGAGGGCUACGAGCUCUUGCACAGAAGCAAAUCCUGAAAUCCUCUGGUGGGAGUUGAAGGAUUAGGAAGGUGACCCUGUACACCAGGAAGGAAGUGCCAUUGUUCCAUGUGGAAAAAACCCCACGUUUCAUGUAUUUUAUAUUGUUUUUAACUAAAAUAUAGAACUGUUUACAAGACAGCACACAUGACAUGGCCUAGAAAACCCAAAUACUUCCAAACAAAAAAAUACUUUUCUUUUUCUAAGUGGAAAGGAAUCUCAGAAAAUGGGCAGAGCAAGGAAAACACAGCAGUAUUCAUUAUUAAAAUAACGUUAAUAACUAAUGCACUCCUCCAUGCUACCAGGCCUAGUGAUUGGGGUUUUUUAAAGAAAUGAAAGCAAGCAUCUCCCCAUGGCAAUCAAUCAAUUCCCAAAUCCUCAGUGCCACCCCUCAGCAGCUUUGUGUGUGCAGGGCCCUGCACAAACCCGACCUGUGUGUGGUUCCUGACGGAUCCAGAGCUCCUGGAACCACGGGAAAAGAGGGAGGAAACUCCGACUGGAGAAACAAAGAGCUCCAAGGGAAAGUUCUCACGGCGUGUUCUGUACAUGUCCAGGCUAUUUUCUUAAGAAGUUGCAAAGUUUUUAAUUUUUUACAUUUUUUUAAACCUGGGGAAAGCUGACAUUACCAUAGUCUUGCUUCCAAUCUACAUCUCGUGUUCUCUCCUACCCUCCGAUGUACUUUGUAAUAAAAUGUUUUUGCAAGUGUGUAUAAUGUAUCAUAAUUGUAUUGCCUUUAGAAUCACUCAGGCUCAGGUUAGAUAGACACCAAGAGAAAAAAAAACCUAAUUCUUUAGAGCUUUUAGUUCAAUGUGACAGAGCUAUUUUCACCCUCAUGUAGAAGAUCUUGGAGGUCCUAAUGAGGAAAAUGCAUUUUUAUUUUCAGUGUGGCUUUGCUGGAUUCACUGGCAGUCCCCUGCACUUCAUACACUGAUUUUCUAGCUGAACUUCUCCCAUCUCCUGCUUCAAAAUACUUUUUAGCCAAUAAAUACUGCAGUGAUUUUAUAUCCCUUGCUCUUUGCUGAGUCCUUAUAA